AUGAGACAAAAGCAAACAGGCAAGGGCGUCAAAAAGCCUCCGACAAAGAAAACUGAUGUUCCAUCAUCGCAAAAGAAAAGAGGAGUGGAUAUGAUGUCUAUUUCCGAUUUUGAGGAUACCAAAGUUCAUGAAGGAAACAACUAUCAAGAACAAAUCCAUACCUCCAAAAAGAAAAAGAAAGCCAAUAGAAUAACUCAAAAGAAAAAACGAGCCAAUAUUAUUGCAUCGGACAAGCCUCUUGUUCAGAUACGUCAAAAAACAAGUCAUGAGAGAGCUUUAUAUUAUUUAGAACAGCUCAUAUUGAAACACCAAAUCACAAAAAGAUUCCCACAUUUAGCCUUUGAAAAAGUGGCUCAUGGGUUUGACAUUUACUACCGUCCAAAUGUACAUGUAGACGACGAGAUAAAUCAAAACGCUAAUGCCACACAAGACACUGAAAGCACAAAUAUUAUCAAAUUUAUUACACUACUGAGCAAUCUGCUACCCAUUAGAGAUUUACAAAACAAAUCCGUUAUGACAGGAGCCUUUCAGAAAGGAAGACUAGGAGGAGGAGUUCAAGGAACAUCUUUAAGCAUGGAAUCCAACAACGAUUCAGAUAAAUAUUAUAUAGAAAUUGCGCCUAUUUAUACAGGUGAUCUUGUGUGCCUUCCUCAAAGAUUAUACAAUAGUAGCGGACAGAUAGGUCCUCUAGUUAUUUGUUACAAAGUCACCAAUUCUCUAUAUUUUAUCGAUCCUUACACUUUAAAAACCCUUGAGGUGAGCGCCCAAACUUAUUUUCAAGCGCCAUUUAGACCGCUUUUGACAUCAACUCAGUUGUUAGAAUACACUAUAAACGAUGUUGAGAUGAAGAGAAAUCAUAAAGGUAGAGUUGUUAGCGCACAAUCAGGAAGAUUUCAGUUGGGUGAAGUGACUGCAGUUAAAACCUCUGAGCUCGGUAUUUCACAUGACAUCCAAACCUUUUGUCAUCUAUCUCAUUUACUUGAGGCUGGAGAUAUUGUUUACGGAUAUGAUUUGAAGAAUUCUAACCUUAACAAUGAAGAUUUAUUGAGCUAUAAGAAGCUUGUAUUACCGGAUGUGAUUAUUGUAAGAAAAAAGUAUGAUUGGGAUACACAACGAAUUUGGACCUUAAAGCAUUUUUGUAUGGAGCCAGAAGGGAAAGAUUACGAAACAUUUUUGAAUGAAUUGGAAGAGGAUCAGGACUUGAGAUCUAAAGUUCUUCUUUUCAAGCAUGAAAAUUCUGACUCUUUGGCAAGCAAGAUCAAGUUUGAUGGAGAGGGCAAAAAUCCCCGAGUAAAGUUGGAAGAGCUCUUGGAAGCUUGGACCAUUUAA